AGCUGGGUUUAGUGCAGAACCAGUUGUGUUGGUGUGGGGCUUCCCAGCCUUUUGAUGGCCACUUUCAAUGCAGCUUUAGCUUUUUCAGACGGUAGAUGCUGUCGUGAAGGAGUGUUGCCUUCGCAUUAUGGUCUUAACAAAAGUGACUAUCUGUAGUUAUCGUAUUUUGACUUGAUGGAAAUUGUAACGUUACAUUCAUGUCGUCAAAACGUUGUGGCUGUUCCGGAUAGCAAAUAAUCUGAUGAACAUUAGCGGCUAAAAUACUGCUAAGUUAGCUAGCUAAUGAAAAUAAAAUGUUGGAAAUGUAGCCAGAUAACCAACUAGAUACGGAAAUUCAACGAAUGGGAUAUCUAAAUGUAAACAACAUUAGCUGUUAUUCUUGAUAGUAGUAUGAUCGGUGGCUGCUAAAUUGGAACAGAAUUGUGUAAUGGCAGAAAUAGCUGUCUACUAAAUUAUCUGCAAUGUUACGACUCAGAAUGACUAACGUUUGAAUACUUUAGCAGCAUUAGCCGUCUGUUCUUGUCGGGAUACGUACUGCAUGACGCGUACUAACGUUAGUUAAUGUUAGUCAAGAUCACGAACUUACCUCAUCUAACAUUUGCUUACAUUGGCUCUUCUGUUACGGAUGCAGUUCUACUUUUUGUUGCUAACUAACGUUGGCCAGCUACCUUCCAGGAUGUGGUGGCGUGGCAGUGAUGCAACGACGUCCUUAUUUUGGCUCUUAAUUCUAAUUUCUUAAUUCAUUGGGCCACAAGUUUAGGACCUUCAGGAAAAUUAUCUGAAGGUAUUACAUAUAACAGUUAGAUUUGAUGCGAUUAGCAAGAACCAAUCAGGGGCUAUCCCCGUCUAUUGAUAUGCUAGCUGGUACAUUCAAUAUAUCAGCCAGUGAGGGCACGGAUACGAUUGACGUGGUUAGCUAGUUUAACUUGCCUGCACUGCCUGAGCAGUGCUUUGCAAGGGUAAUCGGGAAGUAAACUUUCCGGAACUUUUUAGAAGUUGCAUAUUAUUUUGUUAACUCGUUCAAAAUGGAAGAUGAGUUGUUUCAACAGCUCAUGUACAUACUUAAUCAGUUAGUAUCAUGGGUCGCAGCUGGUGCCAUGGUGUUUGGUGGGGUAGUUCCGUACAUCCCCCAAUACAGGGACAUCCGACGAACACAGAAUGCCGAAGGAUUUUCAGCCUAUGUAUGCCUGGUCCUAUUGGUGGCCAACAUUUUGAGGAUAUUGUUUAGGUUUGGCAGGUACUUUGAAACACCCUUGUUGUGGCAGAGUAUCAUAAUGAUAAUCACCAUGCUGAUCAUGCUGAACCUCUGCACCAAUGUCCGUGUGGCCGCUGAACUCAACACCAAGCGCCGCUCCUUCAUAGACCUGGACUGGAGCCACUUCUGGCUGUGGAGCCGCUUCGUGGACUACCUGCAGUGCGUGCUGUCCUUUACGGCCGUGGCGGCCUACGUCACCUACCUCCUCCUGGACUCCGUCCUCUUCGUGGAGACGCUGGGCUUCCUGGCAGUCUUCACCGAGGCCAUGCUGGGUGUCCCGCAGCUCUACUGUAACUACCAAAACAAGUCCACCGAGGGCAUGAGCAUCAAGAUGGUGUGCAUGUGGAUGAGUGGUGACACGUUCAAGACGGGUUACUUCCUGGUGACCCAGGCACCCGUGCAGUUCUGGACCUGUGGCCUGCUGCAGGUGUGCGUGGACCUGGCCAUCCUGUUCCAGGUGUACUACUACAGCCGCUACCCACAGAAACCCGCUUCCCACGCGGCCAACCCGACCAGCGCCAAGGCGCUCUGAGGCCUCCACCAACCGCCGGAACGUUUGUGUCGGGACCAGUGAGACGCUGCCAAGCAAAGGAUAUUUCUUAACUCCAUUUUCGGCUGAUAGGAAUGAUUAUUAUAUCUCCAUUGUAUUACAGUACAUAUCACUGGAUAGUUAACCUUAUGUGCACAUAAGAUGUGGGUAUGUAUGCAUGUAUGCGUGUGUCUACAUAUAAGCACAGAAUAACACAUACGUUCUUUUGUGGAUGCACACAAACACGCGCACAGACACACACACACACACACACCACGUGCACACACUCAUGCAUGUAUAUAGACAUACAGUAUGAUAUUAUGUUAUUGUUUCUUUUGUACUGUAGAGACUGUUUGCUAAUCGAAUGCUAAUGAGCAUUCUUUUUCCUAUUGACUAUCCCAGGAUUCGGAUGACUAUUGCAUGGAUACCUUUGCCUUAUAGACUUUCAGAAGGGCUGGUUACUUCUAUAUUCAAAACAAAAGUAUGCUAGAUUACGUAGUUUUACAUUACAUUCCUCAUCCCACAAGAUUGACAGAGACAUUUACGAAUGUACAACAGCGAUAAUCUUUUGCGUCGACAUUUCUCACAUUUUUUCUUCAAAGCAGUUCCUGGACUUGCAAUGACCAGUCAGUCCUCAAAUGACCCUUUCAAUUCUAGCUUCCACCACGUUCCUGCAAACAUGACAAAGGACAAAAGCAUAAAAAUCGAUUUCAGCGAUACCAAAAAUGUCUUCGAUGUUGCUGCGGGUGGUGUUUGAUGCUGCUUUGGAGACGGAAGUCUGUCUCCGCACUGUGUCGCCUCUCAUCCCUCUCCCGUUCAGUCUGCUGGUUCGGUGGGUUGGAUGAACAGCAUGCACUCUAGCACACACAAUCUCAGGUAAAUAAGGCCUGCACCCCACCCUCCUGCUAUGCUACCGCUCAUUCGGACGCUAAUUCUAAUGCCGCAGAUGGUAGACCAUCGCCCCCUAGCCAGGCCGUCGAGAUGGCGGUUGCUGCUGGUCGCGGCAGCACCCAUUCCCUUUUGGUGGCCAGCAUCCCAGUCAUGGGCAACCUGUGGAGGAGCCAAUGGAACAGAGGGGACAGCCAUACAAAGAAAAUCAUGUGAGGCUUUACUUGAACCCCUCGCCAUAAGGCUGGUAUAACACUGUCAUAUGCAUGACAUAGCAGCUGUCGCAAGAUGGCAUAACAGAUGAUGAGCAGACGGGCUGUAGCGUAGCGGUUAAGGUACAUGACUGGGACCCGCAAGGUUGGUGGUUUGAUCCCCGGUGUAGCCACGAUAAGAUCCGCACAGCUGUUGGGCCCUUGAACAAGGCCCUUAACCCUGCAUUGCUCCAGGGGAGGAUUGUCUCCUGCUUAGUCUAAUCAACUGUACAUCGCUCUGGAUAAGAGCAUCUGCCGAUUGCCGCUAAUGUAAUGUAAUGUCAGGUUAUGUCAAAUGACAUAAAAUUGUCAUGCUUUCAUUAACUUUCAUUAUGCUUAUCAUUAACAUCCAUCAAUUUACCGAUAAAAGUAUGAAAACUGACCAUCUGUUAUGCCAUAUUGUGGCAGCUGCCAUGUCAUGCAUAUGGCAGUCUUAUGUCAGCCUUAUGGCGAGGGGUUUUGAGUAAAGCAUUAUCGAAAUACGCCUCCCAACAGAAUGUAAUUGGGAGGAUCGGCCAUCAUUAUGGAUGCAGUUUUGCAUUGUUGCCCUCGAUGCCCAGCCCCCGCCACACUUCGAGAAAGUCGGACCAAGUCGAGCAUUUAUGGCGACCGCAUGGAUCACGCACACUCGCGAGAAUGGAGGGUAGAAUUUUGACAAUCAAGAGAGCGAGGGAAUGAAGCUGUAAGAUGUUUUUGACGUUGUUUUUUGAUGGUCUUUGAUGGCCAUCAUGAUUUUAUGUCAUUGAUUUAUUUUUAAUGGGGUCAUGGGGAACUGUGCUUGACUGACAGAUUUCACAUUAUGUUGUAUUUUUGGUUUCCUCUAGUUAAGCAUUGCAUCGUUUGACUGGUCAGUGUUGAACACUGCAUGACUAUACUGUGACUGGACACUUUGUUGAAAGGUCCACAAGAUGAGUAUUUUAGUAAUUGUGUUGACAUUUAUGACUCAAAAUGCGUUUUCAUAAUGGCCCAGCAGUUAUAGGUCACUCCAGUUUGCUACCAUAAGUGUAUAGUUAUUGUACAGGUUAUAGUAGCUGGUACCUCAGUUUCUGAAAUUAAGGCUCACUAUGAUUUCUUUGAAAAUAGGGACAUAACCCUGUUUUCCAAGGUCACUAAGGCCUUUGGAAUGCAUUUUAUUAUGGUUUCUGAGAUGCAGUGAAUUAAAGUGUCAAUAUUUAGGCAUUUAUGUGCCGAUCCAUUUUACAUUAAGUCACCUGGACUCGCAGGACGCAAUUUUUUUAGUUGAUUUGUAUGUGUUUUCUAAUCAAGAUCUAUUUUUAUUAUUAUUUUUAGCCAUUAUGUUUGUUGCACAGAAAUCAUGUUCAGUUGUGUCAGUGAUGUAUUUAACCGACUUUUGUGUUCUCAGCUUCUCAGUGGAUUAGACCAGGGAUUCGCCAACAUUCCAUUCCAUACCAUAAAAAUGUACAUAUAUGCAGUAAAACAUAUACUUUUGAAUAUAACGUAAUUGCAUAAGUCAGCAUAACCACACAUAUACACCGGCCAGUUGAAUGUGUAGCUUGGUUAGUGUGAAUGUCUGUCCUACGGUACUAUACAGAUUCACUUUACUUACAGAUUUCCCUUUGGCAUCUUGAAACCCACCUGUAGGAUGUGAUCCAUUGUUUGGGAAUCCCUGGUUUAGACAAAGAAUUUCAGUCCGAGUGACCGUUUGUUAUAAUAAUUAGCGAUUUCCAGAGGCCAGUCUGUAUUCCGAGAAUUGUGAAUUCUCACGAUUCUGUGCAAGGCAGUUUUAAAGAUUGUUUUGCACUGCACCAGAAUGACCGUGCCGUCUUCCAAGUGUUGAGUUACCCUUGUAGAUUUAUUGUGUUUUUACUGUAUGUUGUCUAUUUUUUUUUUCUUGAUGAUUCCUGAAGUUCUUACAUGGCCAAACCUUUUUCCUCAGAACAGUAGAGCUCAAAGUGGCAAUCCCACAGUCAAAUGCUUUCUUUGUCAUGUGUUUUAUGUAAUUACAUUUACUUUUUUAAAUUGUCAUUGUCACAAGUUAUUUUACAGUGUUCCAUCUUGAUGAGUCAGUUGAGUACAGUCUCACACAGGCGAAUAAACCUUUUUAUAUAUGAAUACAAACAUGUUUAUAUUAAGACU